AUGUCCACACAUACAACAAACAUAUACUGCAACAAAAUAGAUUAUAUUAAGAGUUUUCCCUGUGCACAUCCAUUUCAUAUAGCUGAAGAGGAGCAGCACAAGGCUGCAUUGAAAGAAUGGGCUCUGAAGAAGAGCAAUUGGCAUAAAGUUAAUAAAGAUGUUGAUCUGACCAACUUUGAUCAGAAGAAUUCCUGCCCCCACCCCUCUGUUCAAAAUUGGAAGGCUAGCACUUGUACCAUCAAGGAAAUCUGCCACUUUCAGAGCUCUAUCAAGCUAAUCUUGCUGGUGGCCCUGUUCCAGCAAUUGGUUCAGGAAAUUACUUUGUCCUGUCACCAAGAACAUGAAUAUUACUGGCAACAUACUGCCAUUGAGUCACUUCAGAAGGCAGCUGAAGUAAUCUUGUGUGCUCUGUUUGAGUGCUUUGUUAUAGCAAUGGUGCACCAUAAGUGUGUUACAGUCAACACCAACAAUAUGAAGCUCAUUCUUGGCAUUGGUGCCAAAAUCAGGUUGAACUAUUUCAGCCCAAUUGAUGCGCCUGAUCACCCUGCCCCUGCCACCACCACCCACAACCUGUGUGCUGCCCCCGCCCCGCCAACUACUGCUGCUGCCACUCCACCACCACCACCACUGCCCACCACCACCUCUCUGCCUCCCCCCAGCACCAUCAGGGUCUCCGCCUGUCAAAUGGCGGGUAUUAGAGCCCCUGUCCGGUUCACAAAGCCAGUUCUGGAGGAGCAGGAGGAGGAGGAGGAGAAGAAGAAGGAGGAGGGGGAGAAGGAGGACAAUGAUAAUAAUGAAGAUGAUGACAAUAAUGAUUAA